AAGUUCAUAUGGCACUUAAUAAUUUAGAUAAAUUAAGACAUUUAGUUUCAAAAGUUCAAAAAGAACAUAAUCCUUAUAGACAAGAUAUUCUUGGCAUAUUUGCUGAUAGACAAAUUAUAGUAAUUUGUAUAUCUAAACUACAAACAAAAGCUUGGAAAUCUCUUGAAUGCUUUGAAAUUGAUAUAGCAUUCAAACAUAUUCAAGAAAAUAUUAAUGAACUUGAAAUAAAUUCUUAUAAUGAAUACUAUAAAAUUG